AUGGCUACACCAGCACCCCCCGCCGAGAUGCGCCGCUGGCAGAUCCCCGCCCCAGGCACCUUCAUCCAGUCCCUCGCCCUCACCACCGUGCCCACCCCGUCCGCCACCGACCUCAAGCCCUCGCAGGUCCUCGUCCGCGUCGCCGCCGCCGGCAUCAACCCCGCCGACUACAAAUUCCCCGACCUCGGCCUCGUCGCCAAGGCCAUGAUCUCCUUCCCCAAGUCCCCGGGCAUGGACUUCGCCGGCACCGCCGUCGCCGUCGGCUCCGACAUCACCGACAUCCAGCCCGGCGACCCCGUCCUCGGCCGCCUCGACCCCCUCGGGCCCCAGGGCACCCUCUCGGAAUACAUCCUCGCCGAGCGCGACGGCUGCGCCCGCCUGCCCACGUCCGGCGCCCCGGACUUCGACCAGGCCGCCGCCGUCGGCACCGCCGCGCUGACCGCCUACCAGACCAUCGCCCCCUACGUCCAGCGCGGCGACAAGGUCUUCAUCAACGGCGGCUCCGGCGGCACCGGCACCUACGGCAUCCAGAUCGCAAAGGCCCUCGGCUGCCACGUCACCGUCUCCUGCUCGACGCCCAAGAUCCCGCUGUGCAAGUCCCUCGGCGCCGACGAGGUCAUCGACUACAAGACCGCCGACGUCGUGUCCGCCCUCAAGGCCCAGGGCAAGGUCUUCGCCCUCGUCGUCGACAACGUCGGCAACGCGCCGCCGAACCUAUACAAGGCGGCCGACGACUUCCUGCUCCCCGACGGCCGCUUCAAGUUCGUCGGCGGCGCCGUCUCCUUCGCGCAGGUCAAGUCGCUCGUGCCGAGCAUGUUCCUCCCCGGGUUCCUCGGCGGCGCCAAGCACCGCUUCGAGGCGUUCAUGACCAAGAACUCGCACCCGGACCUGGCGCAGAUCGCGGCGUGGAUGGCCGAGGGCAAGGUCAAGAGCGUCAUCGAUUCGGCGUUCGAGUUUGAGGACGCGGUCAAGGCGUAUGAGAAGCUGAAGGAGGGCAGGGCGGCGGGUAAAAUUGUCGUGAGGGUAUCCACGAAGGCGUGA